AUGGCGUGGCAUCAGGACUUGCGACCAUAUGUGUGUGAAGUUUGCAAUAAAGGGUUCCGUACGAGGAUGAAUCUGAUUGGCCAUCUCCCGGUACACAGCGGAGUAAAAGCUCACCAGUGUGAGGUUUGUGGUCAGUGUUUCACGCUGAAGGAAACGCUUCGUCGUCACAAAAGAAUCCAUAACAAGGCUAAAAAAUACCAAUGUAAACAUUGUGGCCUCAAAUUCCGUAGCACGGAGGGUUUGAACGGUCACUUGGUGAAUAGCCAUCUGACCUCGCAGGAUAUAAGUAGUCUCACAUUUAAGGUACGACAGUGUGAUCUGUGUGACAAACUCUGUAGCUCCAAACAGAUGUACGAACGUCACAUGACAACACAUACAGGGGAGCGACCAUUUCACUGCCAGUUCUGUCCACGCAGCUUCAGUUUAAAUACACUCUUGCUUCGCCAUGUUCGUACAAUCCACCAGAGAUCUGAAGUCCACACCUGUCUGAUGUGUAACUGUCAAAUAUCGUCUCGAAGUAAGUGGAGGCGACAUCUGAAGACACGAAAACACCGUGAGCAUUGUGAGGAGAAAGGCUUAAUGGAACCUGGGGAGGAUGGAAUGGUGAAAGGCAUCCACUUUAAAGUGAGUGGGUUGAAGAACACUGACAGUGUUUCUGAUGGCCACAAGAUGACUUGUGAUGUGGAGGAAACACAAGAAGUUCAGAAUGUAGAUUACCUCCAACAUAUUGCAGAGGAAGUGGAGGGCACUGGGUAUAUACAACAAAUUACUGAAGAAGUUCACGAUUCUGGGUUCAUUCAUCAAAUCACCGGGGAAGUUCAGAACUCAGAUCUGAUACAACAGAUAACAGGAGUGGUUCAGAGCUCUAACUCAACACAAGAUGAGAGCUCGGGAUAUAUAAAUCAAAUUUCACAGGAGGUAGAGACAGUUGCUGCGGGACAGAGUACGAUAAUGGAGAUUGUUUACGAUGACCAGAGCGAAUCUCAGACAGCGGUGAACAGCAUUGUUGAAGGACGGCCUCUCCAGAAUAUUGUUUACCUUAAAGUAGUUUCAUAG